CUGUUUUGUUGUUGUUAUGACUUAUGACAUCCUAUAAUACUUUUCAAAUUUCAAGGUAUUUACCGGUUUCAGUAGUUUUCUUUUUCCUUUUUUCCGAUUGAAACCAUGAACGAUAUGGAAAUUGAGUUAGAUUUUAGGACAAUAAAGAUUGAUCUUCUGAAAGGGAUCUACAAUUGCUCGGAAAGAGGUCUUACACAGAGCCUGAAAUGGCUUACAGAACUGAAUUUUGCUGUAGAUCAGGUGGAAUUGAUGCCAGAAGAUAUUCCAGAUCUUCGUGAUGACUGCGGGGAUGAACAUGCCAGAUUUCUAAUGGCAAAAUCCUAUUUCAACUUAAAAGAGUAUGACAGAUGUGCUUAUUUUCUAAAAGACUGCGUAACACCAAAACCUCGUUUCCUAUACUUUUUUGCUAAAUAUUAUGCAAUAGAGAAGAAAAAAUUGGACAGUAUGACUGAUACAAACUGUCCUCCUGAUCCUUCAAAUAAUGAGUCCCUAAAAACCUUGUAUUCAGAGUUGAAAAAUGAUUUUUAUGAAAAUAAAUUGGAUGGUUACUGUUUAUAUCUUUAUGGAGUAGUCCUUAAAAAGUUAGAUUUAAAGUCUUUGGCGGUGGAUGCAUUAAUAAAAGCAGUACAAGAUGAGCCAAUGCUUUGGAGUGCAUGGUUUGAGCUAGGAAAAUUAACAUGCAUAAAAAAAACUGACACUACAGCAAUUUCAAACAAGCUUCCCGAUCAUUGGAUGAAAUACUUUUUUUGGGCACAUGCCUAUUUGGAGCAGCUGAAUAAUGAUGGGGCUUUGAGGAUAUAUGAAAGGUUUUGUGAUCUUGGACUGCAGAACAGUACCUAUAUCAUGUCACAAAUUGCAUUAGGACACCAUAAUAAUAGAGAACUGGAUGAUGCCAUAGAAAUGUUCACAAAAAUCCUAGUAGUGGACCCAUACAGGUUAGACAACCUGGACACAUAUUCAAAUCUUUUAUACGUCCUAGAGCGAAAAACCGAACUGGCCAACUUAGCCCACAAAGCAGUCGACAUUGAUAAGUACAGAGUAGAAACUUGUUGCGUUAUAGGUAACUACUAUAGUUUGAGAUCAGAUCAUGCAAAGGCUGUCCUGUACUUUAAACGCGCUUUAAAGCUAAAUCCUCAGUUUUUGUCAGCGUGGACCCUGAUGGGUCAUGAGUACAUGGAAAUGAAAAACACUAAUGCAGCUAUUGAGAGUUAUCGACGUGCCAUAGAGAUAAAUGAAAGGGAUUAUAGAGCUUGGUACGGUUUAGGACAGACCUACGAAAUUUUAAAAAUGCCCUCCUACUGUUUGUAUUACUACAAACGUGCUCAGGAACUGAAGCCCAACGACAGCAGGAUGUUGAUCGCGAUGGGUGAAACCUACGAGAAACUUAACAAACCAGAAAACGCGUUAAAAUGUUAUUACAAGGCGUAUAAAGUGGGCGAUGUCGAAGGAUUGGUACUAGUUAAAUUAGCAAAACUUUAUGAUAAACUAGACGAUAAGGAAAAUGCCGCCGCUGUUUUACUUGAAUUUUGUCUAAACGAAAUCGAUAAGGGAGACAAUUUGUCUGAAGAGAGGACCGAAUAUUAUAAUUCCUUGCUCUAUUUGGCCAAUUAUUUCUUUGGAAAGGGCGAUUUUAAUGAGGCCUAUACGUAUUCUUAUAAAUGUAUGGAAUCUGAGGAGACAAAAGAGCAAGCAAAAGCCCUCCUAAAAGCCAUAGCGGCCAAAAGGGCGGAACAAGGUCAAGAGAUGGAGGGUCACGACGCCACUUUCGACCCUGAGAUGACCAAUAACCAAUCAAAUAAUGAUGCAAGCGACAUGGAUUUGACCACUUAAUAUUGUCCAUUAUGGGCCUUACAUAUCCAUACUCAUUUUUACACCAGUCUUUUCUUCUACCGCAUUCCACCAGUUACUACCCAACACGAAUAUCAUCCAAAAAAUAAAAAUCACCAAAGUAAGUCCCAUUACGAUUUUUAGUGGUUGCGAUUCGUGGCUUCUAAGAUGUUCCAGUUGUUCGGUAUGUUUUUUCAGUAAUUUUUGUACUUCUUUAAGUUCUACCAGGAGGGCUUUGUUUUUCAGGUUUUCGGGAUGUUCUUCCAAUUUUUUUUCCAGCUCUUUUACUUGUUCUUCGAUUUCUCGACAUCGGUCCUCGGCAUAAGAAAUCUACGAAAAAGAUGUACGAUGUAAAAUUUUAUUAAUUAGUAGUACUAAAUAA